GACAGUUCCGUAGAUUGUUCCUACAUAGAAAAAGUCCCUCGACGUGAAAGAAGAAGUAGUCACGUACGAGAAUAUUCUGGAUGUCAUGGAAUAACCCAGAAAUGUCUGGUGACAUCUAGAACGUCAGAAAACUAUAUAAACAUUAUGUGUUUGACAUUCUAUAGUUCAGUUGUAUUUCAGUAUUUGAAGUUAAAAGUUGUCAUUGUGUAAAAGUUACUGUAAUCCUGUUUGAGUUGAAUAAAGUAUUUAAAAGAAGUGUAACAUUGGUGACAGCGGUGGGAUAAGAAGACAUUAAGUAAUUUGUAUAUGGUCAAUACAAGAUCUACUAAAUUCGAGAAAGAAAUGGAUACAUCCGGACCACCAGAAUGGUUUUUAAAAAUGGAAGAGUUAAAAGAGAAACGUAGGCAAGAAGAGAAAGAAAAUGAAGAGAAACGUAGGCAAGAAGAGGAGGAGAGGCGUAGACAAGUAGAGGUAGAAAUAAUAAAUAGUUUGUCACAAAUUCAAGAAAGUUUUACAUUAGAGUAACGAAUGUCGAAUCUGAAACAGCCCCUUCAUCUUCACAUCCCCUAAAUCUUCUUGAAUCAGGCACAAUCAGAAAUAGCAAAAUUUUGAAACCACCCACCUUCGAUGGCCAAACAGCAUGGGAAACGUAUCGUUUCCAAUUUGAAGCUGCAGCUAAAGCAAAUGGCUGGACU